AUGAGCAGCUCAGGUAGCGACGACAAGAGACCCUCCCGGGUCCUUGAUCACCUGUAUAUUGGGAGCCGCGUGCACGCCAAGAACCGGGGGCUUCUGAAGGAGCUCGGGAUUAACCGCGUGCUCAACGUGACUCCAGCCCGAACAAUGGACCCCACCAACGGCGUGCCCAAUUUCUUCGAGAAGGAUCGCGCCAUGACGUACAAGCGGGUGGCGGUCUUUGACAACCGUGGGGAAGACCUGCUGCAACAUCUGGAGUCUUGCAUCUCAUUUAUCGAACAGGGAAGCUUUUACGGGAAGGUGCUUGUUCACUGCAACAAGGGCGUUAGCCGGAGCAGCACCGUCGUGGCGGCGUACCUCAUGAGAACAAGAGGACUCUCAAAGACUACGGCACUUACGUACCUGAGAUCACGAAGGUCCAUCGUCAACCCACACGAGGGCUUCCUUGCACAACUCGACACCUUCGAGGCAAAACUCACAGCGGAACGGGAAAUGGCCAUCGCAGAUGGCCAGGCAAUAAAGUUUCCGGACGACCUUUUGAGCACCGGAGGGCGAACAGCGGCGAACGGGCCCGCCAUCGGGCCGAUCGGCCCCGCCCGGGGACCCUCCGCCCCCGUCCCCUCUCCGAGAAACGCUCCCAGAACCACAAGCCCAGCCCGAGCACCUGUUGUCGGCCCUUGUCUGCCUCAAAGUACCCCCACGGGCUCGAAGAGCGGGGCUGCAAGCGGGGGGGCUCGCGCCGGACCGAUUGGCCCGUCGCGUGGGCCAGCGCCUCGGUCACCAGCCCAGACGGAAGAGCCUCCCGCAAAUGCUGCGGCGAAAAAGGCCGUUGCGACAAAUGACGGUGCGGAAGUACGGGAGCCAAACGUGGCAGGAGGGUUGAGCAGUGGUGCAGGGCAGCUUGGAGAGGGGAUGUCUUCAGCCGAUAUUUCUUUGGCAUCGCCCGACCGCCCAACAGCCGGCGAUGAAAGUACUGGGGGUGCCUCGAAGCGCGGGGGAGGCAACCGUGGAGAGGCCGAGCCAAACGGUAUCGAUGAAAUUGGUCCGAAAAUUGGUCCGCCGGUGUCGAUGGCGGCUACCAGUUGUGGCGGCGAUGAUCCAAAUGCCGUCCACGUCGGCAGCAAGAGAGCUAGAGAAGGGGAUCUUCCGAUUGAUGUUGCGGAUAAGGCCUUCAGAGAUUACGAGUGACCACGGAGUGUGCGGAGGACAGAUUGCGGUAGGGGCCUUGGGUAACACAAUGCGGCAGGAGGGGGCCUUGUGAUGUGCUUUCUG